AUGUCUAUGCAGAGAAUCGUGCGCGUGUCCCUGGAGCAUCCCACCAGCGCCGUGUGUGUAGCUGGCGUGGAGACCCUCGUGGACAUUUAUGGGUCAGUACCAGAAGGCACUGAGAUGUUCGAGGUCUAUGGAACACCAGGCGUGGACAUCUACAUCUCUCCCAACAUGGACAGGGGCCGGGAGCGCGCUGAAAGCAGGCGGUGGAACUUUGAUGCGGGGACAGAUAUCAUUGUGGUCAUGAACUCUCCCAGCAAUGACCUCAACGACAGUCAUGUUCAGAUUUCUUACCACUCCAGCCAAGAGCCCUUACCCCUGGCUUAUGCCGUGCUUUACCUCACUUGUGUUGAUAUCUCCCUGGAUUGUGACGUGAACUGUGAGGGCAGAGAGGACAGGAACUUUGUGGACAAGCGGCAGUGGGUCUGGGGACCCAGUGGGUACGGAGCUAUCCUGUUGGUGAACUGUGACCGGGAUGAUCCAAGCUAUGGCAAGAGGGACAACUCUGACCAGCAAGUGCGCUGUCUACAAGAUCUGGAAGACAUGUCUGUCAUGGUCCUGCGGACCCAAGGCCCUGCUGCCCUCUUUGAUGACCACAAACUUGUCCUCCACACCUCCAACUACGAUGCUUAUCGGGCACGAGUCUUCCAUGUCUGUGGUCCUGAGGAUGACUGUGAAGCCUACGUGCAUGUGCUGGGCCAGGACAAGGUGUCCUACGUGGUGCCUCGCUUCAACGGAGACGAGGAGCGCUUCUACAUAGAAGGCCUUUCCUUCCCCGACACUGGCUUCUCUGGGAUUCUCUCCUUCCACGUCACCCUGCUGGAUGACUCCAAUGAGGACUUCUCUGAGACCCCGAUCUUCACUGACACAGUGGUGUUCCGAGUCGCCCCCUGGAUCAUGACACCCAGCACCCUGCCACCCCUGGAGGUGUACGUGUGCAGUGUGAGAAACAACAUGUGUUUUGUGAACGCGGUGGCAGAGCUGGCUGAGAAGGCUGGCUGCAAACUGACCAUCUGCCCGCAGGAUGAGAACCGCAAUGACCGCUGGAUCCAGGACGAGAUGGAGCUUGGCUACAUUCAGGCCCCUCACAAGACCUUCCCGGUGGUCUUUGACUCCCCGAGGAACGGGGAGCUGCAGGACUUCCCUUACAAACGAAUCCUGGGUCCAGAUUUUGGCUAUGUGACUCGGGAACCACGAGAUAAGUCCGUGUGUGGCUUGGACUCUUUCGGGAACCUGGAAGUCAGCCCUCCUGUGGUAGCCAAUGGAAAAGAGUACCCCUUGGGGAGGAUCCUCAUUGGGGGCAACCUUCCUGGGUCCAGCGGCCGGAGGGUCACCCAGGUGGUGCGGAACUUCCUCCACGCUCAGAAGGUGCAGCCUCCCGUGGAGCUCUUUGUGGACUGGCUGGCCGUGGGCCACGUGGAUGAGUUUCUGAGCUUUGUCCCUGCCCCGGAUGAGAAGGGCUUCCGCCUGCUGCUGGCCAGCCCCAGCGCCUGCUUGAGGCUCUUCCAGGAAAAGCAGAAGUGGGGCCAUGGCCGGGCCCUCUUGUUUGAAGGGGUUGUUGGUGAUAGGCGAGUCAAGACCAUCUCCAUCAACCAAGUUCUCUCUGAUGAGAACCUCAUCAACUAUAACAAGUUUGUGCAGAGCUGCAUUGACUGGAACCGCGAGGUGCUGAAGCGGGAGCUGGGCCUGGUUGACCGUGACAUCAUCGACAUCCCCCAGCUCUUCAAGAUGCAGAGGAGGAAGGCAGCGGCCUUCUUCCCGGACUUGGUGAACAUGCUGGUGCUGGGCAAGUACCUGGGCAUCCCCAAGCCCUUCGGACCCAUCAUCAACGGCCGCUGCUGCCUGGAGGAGAAGGUGCGGUCCCUGCUGGAGCCGCUGGGCCUGCACUGCACCUUCAUCGAUGACUUCACCCCGUACCACAUGCUGCACGGCGAGGUGCACUGUGGCACCAAUGUGCGCCGGCAGCCCUUCUCCUUCAAGUGGUGGAACAUGGUGCUCUGA